AUGGAUCCUAUCAAAUAUGUAUUUGAGAAGUCUGCUCUCUCUGGACGAAUAUCCAGAUGGCAAAUGAUAUUGACAGAGUACGACAUCCAGUAUACCACACAGAAAGCAAUCAAGGGAAGUGUAUUAGCUGAUCAUUUGGCCCAUCAAGCGGUAGAGGACUAUCAGUCCAUAAAUUUUGAAUUCCCAGAUGAGGAUAUUAUGCUUAUUACCGACUAUGAAGAGCCUGGGGUUCAUAUACCAUUCGCUGCGAGAUUAUGUUUUGACUGUACCGGCAAUAUGGUCGAAUACGAAGCAUGCAUCAUGGGUCUCAAAGCCGCAAUCGACUUGAGAAUCAAAUUUCUAGAGGUAUAUGGGGACUCAGCCUUGGUAAUCAGUCAGAUUGAAGGAGAAUGGGACACGAAGCAUCCCAAUCUCAUCCCUUACAAGGAGCAUGUGCUGACCUUGAUCCCUUAUUUUGAAGAGAUUACCUUUGAGCAUAUUCCACGAGAAGAGAACCAAUCGGCAGACGCACUGGCUACCAUAUCAUCUAUGUUCAAAGUCAGGUUGGACAAUGAGGCGCCCAUGAUCACUAUUGAAAGAUUGGAUGAGCCAGCACAUUGUUGUGAGGUUGUUACGGAGGAAGUAGACGAGAAACCUUGGUUCCACGAGGUAAAAAGAUACCUUGAAGCUCAGGAAUAUCCUGAAGGGGCAUCCAUAAACGACAGGAAAUUUAUAAGGAGGUUCUCCGCCAAAUUCUUACUAAGAAGGAUGAGUACUAAGAAGACCAUUGUUCACUUUACCGUCUCUACUCCAGAUAUCAAGAAGCUGAAAAUAAUCAAAGAAAAAUUGCCAUCAGGUGCUUCGGAUAGGUUUGUAAUUCGCUAUGGGAAUAUUCUGGACUUGCUAAGGGUGAAAGUACAAGAGGAAGCUAUUACCGCAUUGGUAAAGAAGUUGAUUUUUCAGAUUUGGCAAAGGCUUUGGGAAUAUCCGAUACGGAAUUGA